UCAAAAAUCUGCAAAUGUAUGGUUUUGCUUGUUGCUGUUUUGAUCCUUAGAGCACUAUUGCUUCCUUCCCUCCCUGGCUUUGAUGGGAUUGAAUGGAGCAACCUUGUAUAUAUCCACAACAAUCCUCCAUUGAUAAGUUCUGACUUUGAAAUUCGGCAAGAUAAGUUUUUGGUGGUUCCUCAGAUUGUGUGGGGACUAAACAACCAGAAAAUUGCAUUUGCAAGGUCUUGUCUUACUGCUAGAAUGCUGAAUCGAACCCUGUUGAUGCCUAGCCUUAGUGCCUCACUGUUUUAUAAAGAAAUUGACCUCCUGCAACCCAUUUCCUUUGACAAGGUAUUCCAAUUUGAAAAGUUUAAUGCACUUUGCAAUGGUUUUGUCCGGUUGGGUCACUACUCUGAUGUCUUGAAUAAAACACAAGUGCUUGAAAUGCAGAAAGGAAGUGGAAGGAGGUGGACAGUGGAGAGAGAUUUAUCACAAUUGCAGGAGCAUAGUAGGGGCUCUUUUGAUGACUAUGAGGUAAUCCGGAUUGUAGGGAAAAAUCCAUUCUUGUGGCACGAUCAUUGGCCUGUGAAGGACUAUGCAAAGGUUUUUGAGUGCUUGGAUUUGAUAGAUGAUAUUGCUAAAGAUGCAGAUAAAGUUGUGUCUAGGAUUAGAACAGUUGGAAGAGAGGUAAUAGACAACAAUGAAUCAGUGGAACUGGAAAACAGUAUCACCUCUGCUAGGUCUUCAUUUCAGCCUCUUCCAUAUGUUGCUGUGCACAUGAGGAUAGAAAUUGAUUGGAUGAUUCACUGCAAAAAGUUAGAGCAGAGAUUAAACACAAAUCAAAUCUGCAGUAGCAAGAAAGAGAUAAUGGAAAGAGUUAGGAACAUCAUUGGUUUGAAGACUCCAGUUGUUGUUUAUCUUGCAGUGGCUGAUAAACUCCUUAACAGUACUUCCAUACCGGAAGAUUGGGAAGAAGGCUUUCUUACUUUUGAUAAGAAGAAACUUGGGGUUGAUGGAAUUUAUAACAAAUAUCCAUAUUUAAUUCAGUCUGCAAUUGACUACGAAGUGUGUUUACGGGCUGAUAUCUUUGUGGGAAACAGUUUCUCUACAUUUUCAAGUCUUAUAGUUCUUGAAAGAACACAGAAGAUGAUCAGAAUGAAUGUCACCAGCAUAUGUGGAACUGAGGUAAGAUGGCCUUCUUAUGCUUACAAUAUACCAGGAGAAUCAAAUGGCCCAAUGAGAUGGAUUACCAAUAUGUCCGAAUCAAGUCUUAAAGCUAUCAGCUAUGGCACCAAUCACAUCUCUUGUUGACAGUCCUAUAUUUAAUUCCUGCUGCAAAUCUAAAUUUUAGAUUAGAUUAAGAGCCCCUUUCUCUUGUUUGAACAUUUUCACUUCUGGGGUUUGAUUAGCACACUUCAAAAAAAAAAAAAAAUGUAGAGAAUACAAUAAUGGCAUAUAGCUGUUUACACUGA